AUGGAUAAUACCCUGUUAUAGAGUGAGGUGUUUCGACUCUAAAAUUUGAAAAAUGCAAUCCGCGCAUUUCCAAAUAACAAUAAAUUGCAAUAAUUGUUGGUGGCUGACGAUUAAGGAAACUUAUAUCUUUUAGAAGCUAAUGGUGACUAAUUAAAAAUAGAAAAUAAACAAUAAAUUUCAACGGGAAAAGAUAUAAAUUACUUAGAUUUAUUGAUAUCACCAGCCACAUCUGAAAAAGAUAGAAUAAUAGUGACUAGCGGUAGUUAGGUUUUAGGAUUGACUAAAAAAUUAAAAGAAUACCUAAAGCAUGAUACAUACAGUGCUGAUUUGAUUUAAUUUGCAAUGAUAGAAGGGAAUUAAAUGUUUACAGCUGGAGAAUAUAUGCUAAACGAAUAUACAUAUUAAAAUGAUAAAGUUGGCUAACUGUGUUUUUUUUUGAGUCCUGGAAAAAUUAAUUGUUUAUAAGUGCAUUAUUUAUCAAGCAAGGCACAUCCUAUUUUAGGAUGCUAGGAUUCAUGUGUACGGGUCUUAAAUUAAGAUUAAGUUUUAUAUGUAGUUGCUAUGACUUCUCCUGUUAUAUGCAUGCAUGUUUAUGCUCCAUAAUACAAAGAAAUUUCAAGUUAAAACAGAAUUGAACAUAGAAGAUGCUUUGUAUUUGGGUUAGAAGAUGGUACGAUUGUUGCCGCUGACCUUGGAAUAGAAAGAGCUAAUAUUCUAUUUACCUUCAAAGUUUCCAGCAUUGCUUCAAUUAAACCUUAUGAUUUCUUCAAAACAGGAAAAACUGAUUUAAUUAUUGCAAGAUAAGAUGGCAUUGUGGAAGUUUAUUAAGAUGAUUAAUUGAGGGUUUAAAAAAAAAUUAAUGAAGGAAUCACUAGUAUAGAAUGUGGAUAAUUUUUUAAUUUAAAUGGUCCAACGGAGAUUAUUAUAUCAACUUUUUAAGGGAGAUUAUUACUUUUAAGAGAAGGGUAAAAUAACUCAAUCUCAAAGAAUUAAAAAGAUAUAGAACUUCAAAUUAAACAAUUAAAAACAGAAAUAGCAGAGCUAUAGAAUAAAUAAAUGAAGGAUAGUUAAAAAACUGGUAAUGUUAGCAAAUAAAACAAUAGUAAUAAAGUGUAAGUUAAGUUUAAGGUUUCUCACAAAUUGAUUAAAAAUGAUAAGGAUGGAUCUUAUAAAUUAAUAAUAGAUUGUUAAUAUCCUAUUGAUAUAAUUGUAUUGAAUGGUCAAAAGAGUUAAAAGUGCUAUACAAUAAAGGAUCUUAAAGUGAGCAAUUAUGAAAUUACUAUUAAUUAAAGUGAUAUUUACAAUAUUUUUGUGAUCCCAAUCGAUAUCAAUUCUAGUUAAAGCUUUUCUAUAAAUGUCAAACCUUUGGGGUAGUAUUAAUCAAUUAAUUUAAUGAAUAUCAAACAUUUACCUUUGAGUACGUUGAAUUUAAAGGGUGAAUUCACUAAGUAAGAUAUGAUAAUGUGGGUUAAUGAUUUAACAGAUUUACAAAAUUCAUAGGAAGACACACAAACCCAUUUAUUUAGAAAUGCUACCUUAGAUAGCUAUCUUUAAAUCAAAUUUAAGUAGGGCCAAGCUUUAUUUAAAAGUGAUUCAAUAUCCGCCAUAUAUGCUUGUAGACAAUUUAUUAUGGGUAAGGCAAACGAAAGAGGAAUAUAAGUGGAAGUCAAAUGGGAAUGCAAAAACGAUAGCGUUGUUUUAUAUUUAUAAAAAAUCAAGUCUUAAUACGAUGAUUGUAUUAAAUAAUAAAAAAACUAUGAAAUUCUACCUGCAAUCAAAGAGCUCUUGGUUGAUAACCCUUUUUCUGUUCUAAGCAAAGAGUUUUAGCAAAUUUAUUCUACAGAAUAAGAGUUAUCAGAGAUUUAUAAAGUGCUGCCAAAAAAUCUCCAAUAUCUUGAAGAUUUACUAAUCGACACAUAUGUUUCAAAAUGCAAUUUAAGAUCUUAAUUUGAUAUGAAUAUUGAAAAUGUAAAAUCAUUGUGGAAAAGAGACUUUUCAGAAUUAAUUUAAUAUAUUUUAAAAUGA